AUGAACAAGAAAUCUGAAAACGUCCAGAAAGCAAAAAUGAAAACCAAAUCGAUUAUUGUUUCUGAAAACAAAAUUGAUGAAGAAGAGGGUGGAUGUUAUUGGUAUCUUGAUCUGGAAAGUCAUCGGUCGGACGUUGGAGUCACUGGAGCCGGAGUCGCCACCUCUCACCGGAAUAGGUUUCCAAUGUGGGUUACUGUCUGGGAUCUUUGCAACCUUUGUCUUCAUCUGUACGGAGGUGAUGACAACCAUUUAACAAACCCUAAAUCGUCACCAAGAAAAGCCCAAGAUCUCCGCCGCCAUGCUCAUCCGAUUCUUCAGAUCUAUCUUGGACUCACACUCGAAACACCAAAACCCUCUUUGUUAGCUUCAGAUCUUCGCCUCUAUGAUCCUUCGAUUUGGAAACCCUUCGAUCUGAAAAACCCUCCCAUUUGA